AUGUCUCUUGAUAAAGUCAAGCAUAUUGUUCUGCAAAAGGUCCUCUCAGGCAAAGGUGGAGUGGGGAAAUCCUCCAUCACCACCCAACUCGCCCUCUCCCUCUCCCUAGCCGGCCAUUCCGUUGGCAUCCUUGAUAUCGACCUCACAGGGCCCUCUAUCCCACGUCUCUUCGGCAUCGAGAGCGCCAAAGUAACACAAGCCCCCGGUGGCUGGAUCCCAGUUCCCGUCCACUCUGCAAAUUCCACCCCUGGAGUCGGAUCACUCUCGUGUAUGAGCUUGGGAUUUUUGUUACGAGAAAGAGGCGAUGCAGUGGUAUGGAGAGGACCCAAGAAGACGGCUAUGGUGCGCCAAUUCUUGACGGAUGUGCUAUGGAGCGAGCUUGAUUACCUCCUCAUCGAUACUCCACCUGGAACUUCCGACGAGCAUAUCUCUCUGGCCGAAACACUAUUAAAGAAUGCACUUCCAGGACAAGUUGCGGGUGCCGUCGUAGUUACAACGCCGCAAGCCGUGGCAACCGCAGAUGUCAAAAAGGAACUCAAUUUCUGCGUCAAGACGGGCAUAAAUGUCAUUGGGGUGGUAGAAAACAUGAGUGGGUUUGUGUGUCCGAACUGCUCGGAAUGCACAAAUGUCUUCAGCAAAGGCGGUGGUCAGGUUAUGGCACAGGAGUUUGGGGUGAAGUUUCUUGGAAGCGUACCUAUCGAUCCUCAGUUUGUGAUGUUGGUCGAGACUGGCAGGAGGCCGGUAUAUCCAGUCGGGACUGAAAUUAACGGCCACGAUAUUGGAAGCUCUGAGGCUGCCCAUACUCUGGCUGAUACGAAGGACUCUAGCCUGCUGAUUGAGAAGUACAAGGACUGCUCUUUGUGUAAAAUCUUCAGAGAUAUCACCAAAGACGUUAUUACUGCAGUAGAAGCGCAAGCGGUUUAA